AUGCAUGAAGCAAUCAUAUUGAAAAGCACAUGUUCUCGUGACAUAUCAGGAAACCGUAAUUGUUUGUACGAUGGUCUGGAUUACAUAUAUGGUCGUGGAUAUGACAAUAACGACUAUGAGGAUGACUAUGUUGUCGCUCAGAGACGUUACAAAGACCGUGCUUCUGCUGCUUUCGCCGAAGACUUGGCAGAUCUGCGACGCAAACGGAGAGAUAUGCAGGAUCGUAUCUUCGAUGUAAUCGACUUGAAUGCUGAAAUUGAGAAGGCUAAGACUACUCUAGAAGCAGCAGAUUUUGCGUUUCAACGACACGCGAAUAAAUUCGAUAAUACUGACAACUGCGAAGACAUGUCAAAGAGACCAGAAAUCAUGUCCGAGAAAAGAUUCCCUAGAGGCACAAAGUGGAUCAAAGUACCGAACGUAGAUAUAGAAUCGUAUAUGCCGCACCCGACAAGAUCAAAACAAGAUAGAUCUACUUCAUUAGUAGAAGCGGCUAAUAUCGAAGAUCCGUUAAAUUCGGUUGCUAUGCUACCGUUAAAGAGGAGGUUUUUAAAAAGGAAAAAAAGCGUCUCGUUCUAA